CCGCCGGAGCCGCCGGAGCCGCCGGAGCCGCGAUGCCUAAAGGAGGGAGAAAAGGAGGCCACAAAGGCCGGGCACGGCAGUACACGAGCCCCGAGGAGAUCGAUGCACAACUCCAGGCUGAAAAGCAGAAGGCCAGGGAAGAAGAGGAACAAGGAGAAGAAGGUGGAGAUGGGGCUGCAGGUGACCCCAAAAAGGAAAGGAAAUCACUAGACUCAGAUGAGAGUGAGGAUGAAGAAGAUGAUUACCAGCAAAAGCGCAAAGGUGUGGAAGGCCUUAUUGACAUCGAGAACCCCAACCGGGUGGCACAGACAACCAAAAAAGUCACACAACUGGACUUGGACGGGCCCAAGGAGCUUUCAAGGAGAGAACGAGAAGAAAUCGAGAAGCAGAAAGCAAAAGAGCGUUACAUGAAAAUGCAUCUAGCUGGGAAGACAGAGCAAGCCAAGGCUGACCUUGCCCGGCUGGCAAUCAUCAGAAAACAGCGGGAGGAGGCUGCCAGGAAGAAAGAAGAAGAGAGGAAAGCAAAAGAUGAUGCAACUUUGUCAGGAAAACGAAUGCAGGCGCUCUCCCUGAAUAAGUAGCGCGGCCUAAGGGAAGAGAUACCGGGGAACUGGGCCAUGUGGCCAGGACCGCUGCUGUCUCGCCCACCCUGUGCCCUGUCACCGCUGCAGCAGCCCCUCAAGACAGAGUCCCCCACUGCCUGGGGCCUCCUUUUCACCUUGGCGCAGAAAUUGUUUGGGGGAUGGUGGGGGGGGCUGGGGGGAGGGGGCAGCUGCUAUCUUUGAGACAGAAAGAUGCAGGACAGCAUUUCACAUGUAACCAUUCAAAUGUUUUUGCUGUUUUUAGAAUUCAGAACCUUUAUGGUGGGUGCCUGGGAGGUGGGUAAGAAAAGCCGCAAUUUGUCUAGUAGGUUGCACGGUAGGGGGCAGUUGUGUUGGGUGGGAGCUGCUGUUGGUGAGUUUGCGACAACCAGCCCAUCUGUGUUGCCUGGGUGCUCACUCAGGGCCUGUCAUCUGGGAGCCUGUACCCCUGGGUCCCUGAGGGUCAUGGCUUCUUCCAUGACUUUCCCUGUGCCCUUCUCUACCCCAUUCCCAACCUUCUGACCAAGAAACCUCUGUUUACUGUGUAGCACCCAGGCAAAACAUGCUCUACAAAUUCAACUUGUAUAUUUGGCAGAUUAAACUUGACAUUAUCUUAAUCCUUGU